UAUACAUAUCACGCGAUGGCAGAUCUUCACCACCUCUCAGUUCAACAGCCGAGUGUAACUACGACGUGACCGCGAGUGGUGCCUGCAAUUUUCCCAUCACGCCUAUUGAGUGUCGGCCAAGGUGAUCUCCCCCCCCCCCCCACCCCCUAGUCUGUUGCACAACGGGGCGCUAAUUAAGCCCGAUCCAGAGCAGCUGACGACUCUUGUAGCCGCCGCCAUGAUGACUUGCCAUUCUACCGCUGUCAUGAAGCCGCACUUCAUCUCGUAGACCGCUGUAAUGUCUGUUUUGUCUGUCGUGCUGAUGUUGCAAGUCUCGCGUCGAACGCGGCGGUGACGUGUUUUCCCACGUGUUGCAGAGAGGCAGCAAUAUUUGUUCCUGAAUGUUACUGAGAGGCAAAAAAGCAAUUAAGCCACUGCGUAAGCUGCUUUUCGCUUUUCGCCGUGCUUAUGCCAACUGUCGUGCUUGUUUCAGGCGGGUGUCCAAAGACCGGGCGUUUCAGCACGGCUAUUCCUGGGUACCUCCUGGACUCGGCAGAGAAAAGAUCGAGGAGUACAUGAGCCAGCUGCCGAAUCACAAGGUGCCGCGGCUCGGCACGGCCGGUGAGAAGUACCGCGAGCGUAACCUGGUGCACCAGCUGCCGGCGCAGGACCUGGCGCUGACGCACUGCCGGCACGUGGCUGGCGAGCACCAGCGCGCCUUCCGCGACUUCAUCGAGGCCCGCAACGACAUCGCGCUCGACGUGGGCUUCGUACGAGAACUGAACCAUUCCUCCGAGUGCCGCAAGUGUCAGCGCGUGAUACGGCACGGCGAGCUGGCUGUGAUAGCUCCGAGAUUUGGCGACGUGACGUGGCACCCGGCCUGUUUUGUGUGUCACACGUGUGACCAGCUGCUAGUGGAUCUCACAUACUGCGUCUACGACGAGGAGAUCUACUGCGAACGGCACUACGCGCAGCAGCUGAAGCCCCGGUGUGCCGCCUGCGAUGAGGUGAGUCAGCCGUUGUAGGCGCCCUUCGCCAUGCCAAGCUGGCUGACACCCCCUCACCAACCCCCAACACGGGAACAGCUCCAAAUGUGGCCCGCCACUCGCUGCCUCCCUUACCGGCAGACCAACGGCAGCGGCGCAUCGCGGGCUAGGCUCUGAACUUCGAGAGCUUAUCC